UCCACUCCACUCCACUCCUCCUUCCAAAGUCCUCUCCAAUCCCCAUGGACUCCUCCCCUUCCUCCGGCGAAGCCGUCAUGGCCGCCCUCCUCCAUCCCCCCCCGCGCGCCUUCUCCGAUCUCACCCGCUCCCUCGCCACCGACCUCAGCCUCCAGCGCCGCCACAUCUACCUCCUCCUCCUCUCCCCAUUCCAUUUCUCCCGCACCCUCGCCCACCUCCACUCCCUCUCCCUCCCGGAGAAGACUCUCCUCCUCGGCCGCCUCCUCCUCCACCACCUCCACCUCCUCUUCCCCUCCCUCUCCGGCGGCGGAGCCGCCGCCCACCACCUCCACCUCCGGGACUUCGACGCCGCCCUCCUCCUCAUGGCCAUGUGCGACGCCUACGACUCCAACCAUCCCCACGCCGACUGGCGCGGGAGGAUCGCCGAGCACGUCGUCGCGGCCGCGUUAAGUCCGGCCGGGCUGGGGAACGGAGGGUGGACGGUCCUGGGCCACUACGUCGACGCCGCCGCCAAAUGCCGGCGGCUGUUCGAGGUGGUUUCAGGAGGAGGGGAAGGUGGGGGCGGAGGUGGCGGCAGCGGCGGCGGCGGUGGUGGCGCUGCCAUCGGUGGAGUGCCGGAGGCGCGGGAGGGAGUGCGUGAUAUGCAAGGAGGAGAUGGAGGUGGGGAGGGACGUGUGCGAGCUGCCGUGCGGGCAUUGGUUCCACUGGGGUUGUGUGCUGGGGUGGGGAAGGUAACUGCAUGUGUUUUUACUUUGUAUACUUGGUAAUUGAUCAUCAGGGUGGGGGAGAAACAUGAAAGUUCUGGUCUAAUUUGCAUGUUGUUCACUGACUGAUGAUGAAUAAAAGGUUGAUGUAAUUUGGAAGAAAAGAUUUUUAUUUUUUUAGAUUCUAUAGUCUACAUAUAGUAAGGAGCAUGAAAUGCUUCAUGGAAGGAUUGAGUUUAGAUGAAUUAUUAUAGAAUGACAUACUAUCCAAAGUAGAUCAAUCGUGUC